AAGAAAGGGACUGUAUGAAAAUGACAACAACGCAUAAAACGAGAACAAAAAGACAAAAUAACCACGCAAGGUCAAAGGUCAGCUGAUGAAAAAAUGACCAUGACACAAAAAAGACAAAAAAAGGACACAAAGUUACGAUUGAAAUAAAAUAAAAAUGACUGCAGAGAGGAUACGAAAACAACUCAAAGACGCACAAAACUACGAAAAAGAAACUGAAAAUAUACAAAAUGAUACACAAAAUAGCUGAUGGAAAAUACAAUAUGAUAACAAAUUCACACAAAACUAGUACAAAGAGACAGAAAACACCUCAAAUGUCAAUAAAACUACAAUAAAGAGACAAAAAAUGUCACAAAGUCACAAAAUGACAGUCGCACAAAACUUUGACAACAUUAAAACUACAGCGAUGACACAAAACUCAAACUCAAAGACACAAAAAGAGACAAAAACGUUGAUAUUUCACGUCAGAGGACUUGAUUGAGUCUGUCUCAGAGACAUGUUUGUCUCCUGGUGGAGAUAAAGUGAUUAAAUAUACAGUCAGUGGAACGUUCAACAACAAAGAACAACAACAACAACAAAAGUGCCUUCAUCUGUGUGACAAAGCUGCUCUGUGUGUGUGUGUGUGUGUGUGUGACAGAGAGAGAGAUAAAGGAGGAGAAAAUGUCACACACUUCACAUCUGAGAAUUAAAACAGGAGGCAAAGAGACGUUCUAUACUUCAGUGCCCUCUAGUGGUGAAAUGUGAGAAGCGCAUCAACACAGGGUUCAUUUUUACAUAAAAAUACACAUCACAACCACAGAGAGACACAAACAACCACAGAAAUACACAACAGAGACACAAAAUAACACGAAACAACCAAAAAGUGACUUAAAAAAACACAAAAAGACACAAAAUAACUAAAACACACACAAAAUAACCAAAAAGAGACACAAAAAGACACAGAACCCCAAAAAUAAUCAAAAAAGAGACAGAGAAAUACAUAAUAAUCCAAAAGAGACUCAAACAACCACUAAAAGACACAAAAGAGACCCAAAAUAACACAAAACAACCAAAAUGUGACACAGACUAACCAAAAAAUACACAAAAUAAUCAAAAAGAGACACAAAGUAACACAAAAAGACUGUUGAAUGUUGAACGUUUUCAUAAACUCAUGUGUCCUCAGUGAAGUGUAGAUCAAAGUGUUUGGUGUUUGUCCCGGUGCAUGCUGGGAGGUUAAUCAGACUGAUGGAGGUGACCAAUCAGAGAGCUUCUCCUCUCCUUCACUGACCAAUCACAGAGCAGAGAGAGGUGAAGCCCUCAGAGGACACCUGCUCACACACACACACACAGGAUGGACGGAGACACUGGAGGACCACGCGCCGGAGGGUGACGUCAUCCCCAACGAACCGGUACCGUCAUGGCUCGGACCGGGUCCGGGACUCUCCUUUCCCGCCGAAACAUCCAACUGGACUCGUUCCUGAAGCGGAACCUGGAGCGGUGCGAGUACGAGCGCAUCCGCGCGCACGAGCCGUGCGUGGUGACGUCAGAGACCGUGAACAAGGUCUAUAUGCACGCGGUGCUGAGCGACGAGCGCGUGUAUGUCACCGAGCACGCGCCGCGCACGCUCACCGUGGCCGUCAGCUUCAGGCGCGUGCGCGACAUCGAGUUGGUCAACGACCUUCCAGGUUUCCUGAGUGGAAAAGACCGUGAACACAGUCAACACGUGAGAAUCAUCUACGUCACCAACAAGCCUGCUGACAAGGGACGUGAUUGGUUGAGGAGAGACAAAGGGGCGGGCUUUCCGCGUGUAGCCCCGCCCUUUCGCAGAAACAGUCACAGUCCGUCAACAACGCUCACGUUUGAAGGAUAUCCUGCAGAGAGUGAACGUUUGAAAUCCUCUCGUUCGGCUUCUUGUCCAAACUCGGACUCUCUGAGUCUGGUGAAGAUUCCUCGCCCUCCCACCAGCUCAGCCACGCCUCUGCCGCCCCCUGCAGGAGUCCGCGCGCAGGUGCCGCGGUGGAGCGCUUCGGUUCUGUCGCGUCUCCUGAGACGAGACUACGAAGAAGUCGGCUGUGAGGAGGGGGAGUGGGCGGAGCGGGAGGCGGAGCUUCAUCUGUACGCCGUGUCACAGUCGUCCAGACUUUACCUGCAGCUGCAGAGCGCGUGGAACAGAUUCAUCAUCAGGUCCACUCUGUUGUUGGACCCUCUCUACCGAAGAAAGUGCGGCUCUUGCUCCGACUCCGCCCCUGGAAAAUGGCGUCCUGCUCUCAGCUGGGCGUGGACGUGUCACCUGUUUGAUCAGCUGACCUCAGAGCUGCUGCAGGACAGUAACAGUGUGGACCGAGUGUUUCUGCUGCUGCAGGAGCUGAAGACGGCGGCUCAUGGGAACGUCUCUCUGGUGUCUCUGUUCUGGAGGUCUGAGUUGUGCGUUUUCCUGGUUCAGACUCUGGAAGAAUCUCUUCACACUCAGAGCCUCAGUGGAGUCAACACUGAAGACCAGAUCCUACUGAGGAAAGUGAUCGUGGAGACGCUCGUCGUCAUGUUCUCAGAGACCCAGAGAGAAGCUGUGAGACUCAACACACUCUGUGCUAACAACGGUGCUCUGGCCUCCAGGAUGCUCCUCGCUGUGAUCUGUGAUCCUCAUCAACAAUCACAGAGUUCAGAGGUCAGCUCAGAGGUCAGCUCAGAGGUCAGCUCAGAGAUUCAGGUUUUACUGUCCGAGUACCUGGACGCCGCCUGCCGGCUGCUCUUUGAACUGCUGCUCCUGGGUCUGGAGACGAGCAGGCGUUUCUCCGCUGAUGACUUCCUGUCCGUGGCUUGGAUCCUGCGCGUCCUCAAAACUCAUCCCCACCUGCUCACCUUCGUCACACACCAGGCUCAGCAGGUGGUGCUGGUUCUGUCCGGCCUGCAGGGGGCGGUGCUGAGCCCCGCCCAGUCUGUCCUGCUGUUCCAGCGCUGUCGCCUCCUGCUGGCCUGUCUGCAGCACGACGGCGCGCUGACUCAGCACGUUCGAUCACAGUUGAGGGAGGAGUUCAGAUACUUGGUGAAGCCGUCGUGCGUCAAGGAGAAGUUGUCGCCUCGUUUCCCGAUCACGUCGCCGACUCUGCGUCUGGUCGACAACUUCCUGUCGCUAAUGCGACAAAAAUGAUACGAACACACAAUCACAGAACGACC